AUGGCGGGCUCCAUCCACCGGGCCUCCGGCGUCUGUCGAUGCAUUUUUUUCUUCCUGGUUGCGAGCCUCGCCGCGCCCCGAGAGGGCUGCGCCGUCCGCUGGCGGACUGCAGUGCAGCGCGACGGGGACGGAGCGUUGCGGCGACUCGCUCCCGCGGUCGUUGAUCCUUCGAAAAACAGAGUUUCUGUUCUGGAUCACGGUGCUGCUUCUCUUUCCAGACUUCCCCCUUCACCUGCAGGCGCCGCCGACAGCUCUUACCCCGUUUACGCUGCUGGUCUCUACGCGGUUGACGCCAGCACUAUGCCGGCGACAGUCGCGCGUGACAUCCUCGUUCGAAGCGUUCCUGAGGUUCAGAAGCUUCCUUCAGAACCUGCCCGCGCGUCGACCCUCUCAUCUCCCGCGCACAUUCCUUCCCCGUCCUUUUCUCCCGACCUCGUCCUCCACCCUCCACCUGCACCCUUCUCCCGCGUGACCGAAUCGAUGCCUGGCCUCAGCAAACCAACAUCGCCUUCACUUCUUGCUUCUGUGCCUUCUGCAGAUCCUUCUGUGGCUGCACCCCAAACUGUGGUAGCUCCCGCGCCUUCUACCUUGCCUGCUUCGGGUGUACCUCUACCCCAGACCGAGGCGCCCGCUCGCUCGUCGGCGACUGCAGACUCUGUGCCUCCGCAGCCGAUCCCCAAUUUCACGGCGACGCCUAUCCAGCGCUUUUCUGCGCCGCUCGCGCCCGUUGCCGUCCCCGCUCUUCAACUGCCAACUGGAGUUCCACGCCUUCCCCUGCAAGCAGAUUUACAGAAGGCCUUUGCAGCGCAACAACCAAGUUCCCGAGAUUCGCAAGUCGCCCAACGUCUCUCUGAUCUAACCGGAAACACAAACUUCCUCACAGCCGCUACUCCUCCUCCCGCUGUAGCGACACUCUCCGCCCAAAAGCUUGGUUCCGCCGCGGCAGAUCUAGCUGUCUCGACACAAACCAUUUCUGGAGUUCCAGUGGCCUCAGCUCCAGCCGUUUCCGCGACAGAUCCGGCUGUGUCGACACAAACCAUUUCUGGAGUUCCAGUGGCCUCAGCUCCAGCUGUUUCCGCGACAAAUCCGGCUGUGUCGACACAAACCAUUUCUGGAGUUCCAGUGGCCUCAGCUCCAGCUGUUUCCGCGACAGAUCCAGCUGUGUCGACACAAACCUUUUCUGGAGUUCCAGUUGCCUCAGCUCCAGCUGUUUCCGCGACAGGUCCAGCUGUCUCGACAGCAAGUGCGCAGUCUGGUUCUCCACGAGUUUUCGAGGCUCCGGGGGCGUUUUCUUCGCGACUUUCUUCUGGUGUCUCAGGAGCCCCGCUAGCGGGAGCGGCUGCGGACGGCGAUUCGGGUGCAGGUACCGGGUCUCCGGGGGAGACGUCGAGCAAGCAGGAUUCGGGAGGAGUGGGGACAAAGGUCGACGCAAGAGUCGCUCAGCAGCCUGUUCACCUGAUGGAAAGCAAAGGCGACAGUGAAAAGGAAGAAGGGAAAGGGAGAGAUGCGUAUUGGUCGUCCAGAGUUGCGCCUGCGAUUCCUCUCGUGUCGGAGUCGGUGCCUGCGCCAGCUGUGGCCAUCUUGGCGCAUGCAGAAGAGGAUACUUCUUCGUGCAUCGACCGAUGCGACUGCGUCCCCAUAGUCCUCGGAGGAGUCGCGAGUUUAGUCACGUGCAUAAUCGUCGUCGUCCUGGCCGCGGUGCUCAUGUCUCAGGUCUUCUCCAAGGGCUUCUUCUCCUCCAUGUUCUUCCGAGGAGGCGGAUUCGCCAUUCUGCUCUCUGCCAGCGUUGGCCUGCUCGGCGGUGGGUUGACUGGAGGACUGGUGCGCGGCUGUUGGCCGGGCGCUCUAUACCUUGGCGGCGGCCUGAUGGCUUUUUCAGUUUCUGUCGUGCUGCUGGGGAAGCGAGGAGCAGGCGUAGGCGCAGUCGGUGGACUGCUCGCAGGAGCUUCGACGGCGGCUCUGAUCCAUCCCGGCGCUCUGUCUGUUUCUCUCGGAUGCCUGGUUGGUUUUCUGCUGGGAAUCGUCGUCGGCUUCGCGCCCAUAUUCCGCGAACUAAAGAUGAACAGCCGGUACAUUCGAUACGGCUUCGAAAGCAGGCAACAGUCGUUGAACGCGCAGACGGCGGGCGCCCCCGAAUCGGUGCGCUCCGAUAGUUUUCCAGGGCGACAGCGUUUACCUUUUCGAAUGUUUUCCUCGCCAACGAAGCCUGCUUCUGUGAGAACUGCGGGAUCGGCAGGCUCUGAAAGCGAACCGGAAAAUCGACGCGCUGACUCUCUUCCUUCCACCAGACUCUCGCCGCGUCUCUAGCAAUGCGAGUGCAGCAAAUGCCCUUGAAAGGUGACUGCACAGAUCUCCCAGUGUCCCUGUUCAGCCGAUACCGCGUCCAUACCGUCUGUGCCAUACACACAUAUACAAAUACAUAUAGAUAGAUACGGAUAUGUACAUAACUGUGUAAGUAGGUUGGUGCAAGGACAUAUAUAAGCGCUAUACAUACAUGUGUACACAUACAUAUAUAUCUGUACAUAUAUAUAUAUAUAUAUAUAUAUGUAUAUAUAUAUAUAUGCAUAUGUAUGUGCCUGAAUAUUACAUACGUAUAUGUGUAUAUGCAUAUGUAAAUGGCGAUGGUUGCUCAAGUUUCCGUGUGGUGUUGUUUGGGGUUGGAUGUUUACCAGAGUAAAUCUUCACAUACGCAUAUUUAUUUAAAUAUGUGUGUGCAUGCAGUUGGUUGCGUGUAUGGGGAAGCAGCUCGGAUGUUCCGAAGCUGCAAGACACAGAACUUUAGGAAAAAUGAAGAGUCGAUGUGGUCUCGUUGGCGGAAUCUUAAAAAGGAUUCUAGCAUGUUCUGUGUCUUUUGUCAAAUGGCAUCUGCACAUGCAUUUGUGUACACAGAGAUCCGACUUUCGCGAUGCAUAUGCAGUGUAUACAUAAACAGCGAGGGAACGAUUUGUGUGCAAGUCUCUGUUCUGUCACAAGGCACACUUUUUGUAUCGUUUUAUGGGGCAUAACGAAGGAAAAAUGUCUUUCUCCUCGUUCUUCAAACAGUCCUGCGGGGCACACUGGCUCUCAGCAGUUCUCUCCUCACUUUUCUCGGGAUAUUGUACGCAACUAAAAUGCACGGGACCGAGAUCUCCGAAAAUGCAUGCGCGUACAAAAAGAAGCAAAUGUAUACAAACAUAUCAGUAUCUCUGUAUAUUUAUAUCUACAGAUAAGCAUAUAUGUGUAUAUGUAUGUAUAUAUAUAUAUAUAUAUUUCGUCUAAUGCAAAUAUAUGCAUGCCUGUGACUCUCUUUGAGGUUGCAGUUUUAUUCGAGUGACUUUGGCGAUUCCGUUUUUCUGCGUGUUUGACUUUGUGUUUUUUCGACCGAAGUGUCUGUCCUCCGUUUUUGCGACUCAUGAGUCGCAGUCGCCGCCGUUAGUUUCCUUUUCACAAAUGCGAGGGAAGACUUUUUGAGCGAGGCACCUCUGACCAGUGAUCUUUGUUUUUUUGUAUAAAUUUCUAAACAUCGCAUUCUCACA